CGACAUAUGACGUCAGGAAAUUACCCGUUUUUGUUACGCGCGAGAAGACAACGGGCAGGAACAAGGAACAUAUUAAGCGGUGUAAAUGGAUUUAGGUCAUUUCUGUUUAUAGGAUUCUUAGUGAUGAGAGGAAAAGAAUGUUUUCAGCAUUGAAAUACCAUGCAGUAGACUAUGUAUAUGAGGCCUUGGCCAGGCAAAAACUGACGAUCAAUUGGUUAUUGGUACCAGUGCCUCAUCAUCUGGACCAAUCAGAACGAUACUGUUACAAAGGUAGCAUUUCUGAUGAUACCUACAGGAAACCAUGGACCAGAGGUUGUGUGGUCUCCACUUGCAAAUUAGUUAUCAGUGGCUCAGUUCUGAACGACUGGAAGACGUACGGCUGCCCAGAUGACUUUCAGGAAAAGAUCAGCGUAUCCUGUACCUCAGUGCAGGUUAAGAGUGACACAGUGGAGGUUGUUCCCAGCUCAAUCCCCUACUCUCAAGUUGAUGUAGAGGAAGUCACGUUGCUUCAGAUGAGAAAAGAACUGGACAAAACGGAAGAACUCUUGCUGCAGGAUGAAGAUCUGCUUUUGCAGGAGGAGGUCAUUUUCGCUGACUGUUUGUCAGAGUUUCGCCGACAGAUGCCAACGCUGUUUUCCCUGCUUGGCAGACUGAGGACUUUCUCUGUCAAAGAUCCCCUUCUGAAUUCAAGAGGAGAACUGUUUACAGAUGAAAUCUUUUUCAGACAUUGUAUGCCAUUUGACAAUGCAAUGACUGGGGAUAUAGUGGAACAUGGAGCAGACCCGAGGAUUGAGAAUUACAGUAAAAUCUCAGCACUAAAUGAAGAGUCUUUGAUGUUACCAUUUUAUUUGGAAUCCCACUCUCCCAAUCAAAAGAGUGGCACUCCCACUGCCUGGGUGCUCCUAGAUUUGUUGCGAAUUGCAUCCGAGCCGAUGUUGGAAGGAGGUACCACAUGGAAAGAGGCAUUUCAGAGAGUUGUGAUUUCUGGUGUCACACCAGCAGUGGAGCUUUCCGAAUAUUGUCCCUCUUGCAGUGAGAUUUCAGAUGAGAUUUACAGAGAAAGGAUAAAGAACAUACUUGAUCAUACAAAUCCAGUUAGUUCCAGGUUGUACACCCAUAUGGAAGCAGACCCUCCUUUCACACCUCCUCGUCAGCCCCUGCAGACUAGAGCCCGUUUAUCAUGCAAGGAGUUCAGCCCUGAACAGCUGUCCCCAAUUUACAUAAAUCGAGUGGUUUCUGAUGCUGAUAAAGUAAUCAUGGAGGGUGGAGUCUGGCAUGCAGAGAAACACCACGCUGCUCUCCUGGGUCUGCUGCUUGCAGAACCUCAAGUCCAGAAGUCCAGUUUGCAGUGCCAUUCUGCUACAGAAGUCUUCCAGAUGGUGGGUGUUGAGCCAGAUCCUUCAGUAAAUGUAACAGUGGAAAGAGUUGACUAUAAACAGUUAAACCCAGAUCAGCCAAGCCCCUUGGAGACAAUGACCACAGAUGCACAUAGUGCACCAGAACUGCCACCAGCGAAAGCAGAAACAUUUUCUACUCUCACCUUGAUCCAGUUAGACAAUAUUUUGAGAAAGUCCAGCAUGGACGCAGAAUACCAUAGACGGAGUGCCACACCUCCUGAAAACAAAGUCAAAUCCAUUCUUAAAGACUUAAAAAAUAAAAAUGAGACACCGACCAACGUUCAAAAUAAUAUUCAGAAAGCACAACAUACUGCUGCUGACGUCCCUGCAAGUAAGCCAGCUCAGAGGUCAGACGCAGUGAUAGCGUCUGCAAAAAGAAAACAAGUGCUGGAAGGAAUAGAGGGUCUUCCAGUGCAGCCUAAAAAUUCAUUCAUUAUCGGCAGGCCUGAAAAAGACAUAAAAGACCCCUGCAACAAGGGCACAGAACGGAAACCACAGCAGGAGGAUUUGGAUCCGCUCGCCAACUUCAUAAUGCUGAGAUCCAAGCUGACAAAUGCAGUUGCUGCUCCCCCCAAAGCCAAAAGCAAGAAUGAGAGUCAAACCAAGGCUGAUACAAAGGUAGAAGAUAAGUUUGCUUGUGCAACCCCCAAAGAAGUAGGCUCUGCUGCCAGGCCUGUGACACCAGAGAAAGCCAAGACGGAAACGAGGAACACUGCUGUGAUUGAGGUCCAAGCAUCAGAGAGCCAGUGCAGAGCCUACCGUGUACUUCAUGAUAUUGCAUCCCCUGUUCUCUUUAGUUCAAAAGAACUGGGCAUAUCUGCUGCUGCCUUGGGGGACUUUGCUACUCUGUCUUUUGACCAAACCCGGUUCUUUUUGAAACAGCAGGAAAAACUGGUCAGCAACAGCCUAAAACAAGGUAAACCAAGUGAAAAAGAUGUAACGGCGUAUAAGCACGCCGCUGUGGUGCAUCUUUUGGUGACAGUUCGAGACCUUUUGCUUAUGUGUGACCUUAACACAGCUGUAGACUAUCUAGCAAGAGCCAAAGAAAUGUAUGUCAGCACACUGGGGUCUUGUUUGGAUGACAUCUGGAAAAGACUGAGGGUCAUGCAGUACAUCAGCCAGAAGAAUGAGGAAGCCAACCCCAAAAUAGCCGAGCUCCAGCGGAAGAUGUUGGCGUGGAUACAAAGAAACCAUUCUCAGGAGCAGAGUCACAAAGUACUGGUAAUAAUAAGAAUGGAUUCAGACUGUGUCAGGGCUAUUCUUAUUAACAGUCUCAAUCAUGUGAAAGGUCUGAAAACCGCUGCAGUGUUUCCUGAAGAAAAUACCAAACUGAAUUCCAAAAAUGUGAUAACAUGUCUCAAGAGGUAUUCGUGUGUGGUGGCCUGCAGUAAGCACAUCCAUGCAGAUUUCCCCUGGCAGCACUUCUCAUUGGUAGUGGAAUAUGACUACAUGGAGCACUGUGGCUGGACUCAUCUCUGCACGGACAAUAACAUCAGUCACAUGGCAUUUAAAACUGCCAUUCCUAAGACCAUCAGUUCAAACAUAAGCCAGCAAGAAGCACCCUGUGAAAAUGAAUCAGCCCUGUUAUUGGAGCUUCUUAUUCCCUUUGUGUUUCUGACAACUGAAGGCCUGUUGAACAACCCGGAGCUUCUACAAACUCUCGAGUCUAGAUGUAAUAUUACUGUUUUGGUGAGAAGCUACAGUGAAUCCCUACAGAUAUUUGGAGGAACUCAUCGCUAUGCAGUGAUUACAGUAGAUGAAUGCACUGCAAUAAUCAUUCAGGAAAUUGAGGAGAUGACAAUGGAGAAAGCCUCAGAUAACAUAAUCUUGAGACUGGUGGCCUUAUCUCUACAGUACAGCUGCUGCUGGAUCAUUUUUCAUUCUGCAGAGGGUCAGAACUCAGAGUAUCAUUUUACAGGGGAGGUCUUCAAUAAUCUGGUGUUGAUCUACACUGCCCUUGUGCUGUUUGGGGUAAAGUCUGAGGACCUAGAAAUCAAGGUAGUGAUUGCAUCAGGAGCUGAGGAAACAGCUAAUCUGUUACGUCAGAUAGCUAGCAACACAUUGAUGAACUCCAAGAGAGACCCCUUAACCUGGCUGGAUAGGUCUUGGCUUUCUGAUGUACCAUCACAGAAAUCUGAAUAUAGGAGUGAUGUCAGCAGGCACCCAGACUUCACCAGGCCAUUCCGAAGUUUCUCGGAGAGGAAGAGAGGGGCAGUGAGUUCUGAGGGAGAAGAAAAUUCAGAACGAUUUAGCCUUUUACCACAACUCAAACGAAGGAGGCUGACCUACGAAAAAGUACCAGGAAGGAGUGAUGGGCAGACAAGACUUACAUUCUUUUAAAAAGUUUGGUGAUUGUUUUUAUCACAUUAUUUAUGCUCAGAUCAUAAUGGCACGUUCAAAAAUGGCCAUCUUUUAUUUGUUAUAUAUUUGAUAUUUGCUGAUAUUAAAAUGUUUAUAAAAUUAUUUGGUAACGUUCUGCUACAUUUACAUUUCCCAUACUGCAUAGCAAGCUGUUAAACGGAAUGAAAAUCAUUUAGUUUUCAAAUAAAAUCUAAUGUAAAAAAUAGAGUUGGGUAUGUUCAGUGCAUGCUGCUAUGUUUGGUUGUAUUUCAAUAAAGGUCAGUCGUCUGUAUUCUA